AUGGCGGCGGCAUCAUCGUCGUCGUCGCGUCGCUCGCAGCAGCAUCAUCACCACCCUCACCCUCCGCCUCAUCACCCGGCCCAGGCGCCCGUGUCGUCGCCGCCGCCGCGCAGCCCCAGCCUUUCCCCCACCGGAGCUUCCCUUCAGCAGCGGCCCACUCUGGCCGGAACAGAGGGUGAGGCCCCCGCCAGCAGCGGCCGGGAAGGGGCGGCGGCGGCAGAGAGGCCUUUCUCUCCGGAGAGCGUCGGCGAGGCCCCUGGGCCUCCUCAGCCGCCGGGCUCCGGGGCCAGCAGCGCCGCCGCCAGCAGCAGCAGCAGCAGCUCCGGCUCCUCCUCCUCGUCGUCGUCGUCGUCCUCGGCUGCGUCCAGCCCAGCCGCCGCGGAGAGCCCGGACCCGCCUGCUCCGCCGUUGCAGCCGCCUCCCCCGCCCGUGGGGAGCGGCGCCUUUCGGGAGCUGCUCGAGGCCUGCCGCAAUGGGGACGUGACCCGGGUCAGGCGCCUGGUGGAUGCCGCCAACGUCAACGCCAAGGAUAUGGCCGGGCGGAAAUCCACCCCUUUACACUUCGCUGCAGGUUUUGGAAGAAAGGAUGUAGUGGAACACUUGUUACAGACAGGAGCCAAUGUCCAUGCUCGUGAUGAUGGUGGACUGAUACCUCUUCAUAAUGCCUGUUCUUUUGGUCAUGCUGAGGUAGUUAGCCUCUUGCUUUGCCAGGGUGCAGAUCCAAAUGCCAGGGACAACUGGAACUACACUCCUCUGCAUGAAGCCGCUAUCAAAGGCAAGAUAGAUGUGUGUAUUGUGCUGCUGCAGCAUGGAGCUGAUCCAAAUAUUCGGAACACAGAUGGGAAGUCAGCCUUGGAUCUCGCAGAUCCUUCUGCCAAAGCUGUACUUACAGGUGAAUACAAGAAGGACGAACUCCUGGAAGCUGCUAGGAGUGGCAAUGAAGAAAAACUAAUGGCUUUGUUGACACCUUUAAAUGUGAACUGCCAUGCAAGUGAUGGGCGGAAAUCGACUCCGUUACAUUUGGCUGCAGGAUACAACAGAGUUCGGAUAGUUCAGCUUUUGCUUCAGCAUGGGGCUGAUGUCCAUGCAAAGGAUAAGGGUGGACUUGUGCCCCUCCACAAUGCGUGUUCCUAUGGACAUUUUGAAGUUACUGAACUGCUGUUGAAACAUGGAGCCUGUGUUAAUGCAAUGGAUCUCUGGCAGUUUACUCCAUUACAUGAAGCUGCUUCCAAGAAUCGUGUGGAAGUUUGUUCUUUAUUACUCAGCCAUGGUGCAGAUCCAACAUUAGUCAACUGUCAUGGCAAGAGCGCUGUUGACAUGGCCCCAACACCUGAGCUGAAAGAAAGGCUCACCUAUGAAUUCAAAGGACAUUCCUUACUACAAGCAGCAAGAGAAGCCGACUUGGCCAAAGUAAAGAAGACACUUGCCUUGGAGGUCAUUAAUUUCAAGCAGCCACAGUCCCAUGAGACAGCACUGCACUGCGCUGUGGCUUCUCUUCACCCCAAACGGAAACAAGUCACUGAAUUAUUACUCCGGAAAGGAGCCAAUGUCAAUGAGAAAAACAAAGAUUUCAUGACUCCUUUGCAUGUCGCUGCGGAACGAGCUCACAAUGAUGUCAUGGAAGUACUUCAUAAACAUGGAGCAAAGAUGAAUGCACUGGACACACUUGGACAAACAGCUUUGCACAGAGCUGCUUUGGCAGGUCACCUGCAGACUUGUCGCCUCCUGCUGAGUUUCGGCUCUGACCCCUCCAUCAUCUCCUUACAAGGUUUCACAGCAGCACAGAUGGGCAGUGAAGCAGUGCAGCAGAUACUGAACGAGAGCACCCCGGUACACACAUCUGAUGUGGAUUAUAGAUUGUUGGAAGCCUCUAAAGCUGGAGACUUGGAAACUGUGAAGCAACUUUGCAGUCCCCAAAAUGUGAACUGCAGGGAUUUGGAGGGGCGCCAUUCGACCCCACUGCACUUCGCUGCAGGCUAUAACCGAGUAUCAGUAGUGGAGUACUUGCUUCACCAUGGAGCAGAUGUGCACGCAAAGGAUAAAGGUGGCUUAGUACCCCUGCAUAAUGCCUGUUCGUACGGACACUAUGAAGUGGCAGAGUUAUUGGUGAGACAUGGAGCUUCUGUCAAUGUCGCAGAUCUGUGGAAGUUUACGCCACUACAUGAAGCAGCAGCAAAGGGAAAAUAUGAAAUCUGCAAGCUCCUUCUAAAGCAUGGAGCAGAUCCAACUAAAAAGAACAGAGAUGGCAACACACCUCUAGACUUAGUGAAAGAGGGAGACACGGAUAUACAGGAUCUUCUACGAGGUGAUGCUGCCCUGCUGGAUGCCGCCAAAAAGGGCUGCCUGGCACGAGUUCAGAAACUGUGCUCUCCAGAAAACAUAAAUUGUCGAGAUACCCAAGGACGAAACUCCACCCCGCUACAUCUUGCUGCUGGUUACAAUAAUUUGGAAGUUGCUGAAUAUCUUCUAGAGCAUGGCGCUGAUGUCAAUGCUCAAGACAAAGGAGGAUUAAUUCCGCUACAUAAUGCAGCAUCCUAUGGGCAUGUGGAUAUAGCAGCUUUGCUGAUUAAGUACAAUACCUGUGUAAAUGCUACAGAUAAAUGGGCAUUUACACCAUUGCAUGAAGCAGCACAAAAAGGAAGGACUCAGCUCUGCGCUCUUCUUCUGGCUCAUGGAGCAGACCCAACAAUGAAGAACCAAGAAGGCCAAACGCCUUUGGAUCUGGCUACAGCUGACGAUAUCCGAGCCCUGCUGAUUGAUGCAAUGCCCCCAGAGGCCUUGCCAACUUGCUUUAAACCUCAAGCUACUGUAGUUAGUGCCUCUAUAAUUUCACCAGCAUCAACUCCAUCCUGCCUGUCUGCUGCCAGCAGCAUAGAUAACCUUGCAGGACCUCUGGCAGAAAUUGCAGUGGGAGGAACAUCCAAUGCUGGGGAUGGAGCAGCAGGAACAGAGAGGAAAGAAGGAGAAGUUGUUGGUCUUGACAUGAACAUCAGCCAGUUCCUGAAAAGUCUGGGUCUGGAACAUCUUCGGGAUAUCUUUGAAACAGAACAGAUUACCUUGGAUGUGCUGGCGGACAUGGGGCAUGAAGAGCUGAAAGAAAUUGGCAUCAAUGCCUACGGGCAUCGUCAUAAGUUAAUAAAAGGCGUAGAGAGACUUCUAGGCGGGCAGCAAGGCACCAAUCCUUAUUUGACUUUUCACUGUGUCAGCCAGGGAACUAUUCUUAUAGACCUUGCUCCUGAUGAUAAAGAGCAUCAAUCUGUGGAAGAAGAGAUGCAGAGUACCAUCAGGGAACACAGAGACGGUGGUAAUGCUGGGGGGAUCUUCAACAGGUAUAACGUCAUCAGGAUUCAAAAGGUUGUAAAUAAGAAGCUGAGGGAGAGAUUCUGUCAUAGACAGAAAGAAGUCUCAGAAGAAAACCACAACCAUCACAACGAGCGCAUGCUGUUUCACGGGUCCCCUUUUAUUAAUGCCAUUAUUCACAAAGGCUUUGAUGAAAGGCACGCAUACAUUGGAGGCAUGUUUGGCGCUGGGAUUUACUUUGCGGAAAAUUCCUCUAAAAGCAACCAGUACGUCUAUGGAAUUGGUGGAGGCACAGGCUGUCCCACGCACAAAGACAGGUCCUGCUACGUCUGCCACAGACAAAUGCUUUUUUGUCGUGUGACAUUGGGGAAAUCCUUCUUGCAGUUCAGCACCAUGAAAAUGGCCCACGCCCCUCCUGGGCAUCACUCUGUAAUUGGCAGGCCAAGCGUAAAUGGACUCGCAUAUGCAGAGUACGUCAUCUACAGAGGAGAACAGGCUUAUCCCGAGUAUCUGAUUACAUACCAAAUUGUAAAGCCAGACACCCCCUCACAGACAGCAACGCCUGCAGAGCAGAAGACCUAGUAAACCCCGGUUCGCCGAAGCAAAUUUCCCAAGUUAAAUAACUUAUGGACUGGAUGGAUGACAUUAGUUUCGAAGCAUCAACAUUGUAUGAAAUUCUUGUCACUCGGAAACUCCGCUGUAUGUGUUUUAUAAAGCAUUGCUCUAUAAACAAAUAUGAGUAAUUGAUACGUACUCAAUUACUACUAUUCCUUUUGAGGAAAUGUUUACAAAGGUUUGCCUUCUAACAACAUAUCUCAGGCUCAUUUUCCCUGCAGUUGCCAUGUGUGUAAACGACAUCAUUGCUUCAAUCUGGGUGUUUGGGAACAUUAUUUAACAAGCAGAGCUAUGCCGGGACCAUUUUUUAUUUUAUUUUUUACCAAAAAAAAUUUUUUAUUUCUGAUGCCACUGCUCUGGUUUCAUGAUAUGCAUAGCUUGCGUGUGAUCCCGUGCCGCCUUCUCAACAUUCAGAGUUGAUUUUAUUUUUUAAAGUCCUUCGUUGGCUAUUUAUUUUACUUUUUUCUUGCAAGACAAAAAAUGAGCCAGGCCCUUCUUGAAGAUGUUUGCACAAAGUCAAGUUGACUAAAAUCAAUUAACAAUGCAAUAGGAAUUUCUUAUCCGAGAAGGUGUUCGAGAUCGAGUUGUUUGGUCUGGGAUUUCCUCCCUCC